AAGAAGAAAAAGAAAAAGAAGAAGGAGAAAAGAAAAAAAAAAUAAUACGCUGAUGCGUGUAUAUUCGUUUCAAAAACUUCGAUCGACUGGUUAAUUCGGGUCAGUGAAGCAACAUUGUACGCGUUACAACGGCUCGUGUAAUAAUAAACGGUUUCAAGAAUAGAAUUUUUAUCUUUGUUUGCGAUCUUGAACAAAUGGCAUCUCCUCUUGCGUCAGUAAGACGAACGUACAAAGAUCGAGAGAUCUUGCGAAUUCAGUUUACCGAAAAAUUCCAUGCGUUGGACCCUUUUCAAAAUUCACACGAUUUUAAGCAAGUGGUCAUUUGCUCGAGGAUGUACAUCUCCAUGCUUAGGCUCGCUUACACGCGUCCGAAAUUUCAAGGUCGUUCGAAAGCCGCUCAAGGUUCACUCGAUGGUUGCGAAUAUCACUGCAACAACAUCUCAACGUUUCUGCAUCUUAUCUUCUCCGAAAGCCGAAAGGUCCAAUUGUAAGAUCCGUUUCCGGUAAUAAAGUUACAUUGACUUUGAAGCUGCUUUAAAUGUUGCCGAGAGAUUGUCAGACUGAAUGUGAAAGAACGGGAACUCGGAUUGAAUUUUAAAUGAGCUUUCCUUUCGAUCUUUAUCGCAUACACAAUUGUUUGUUUUAGUCACCCAUCCGCAUUUAUACAUUUCUCUUUAAUCUUAAUUGUCGUUCUACGAAUACUGUUAGUACCUUUUGUACAACAAUUAUUGUAUGAGUUGCAAAGUACGUGCAAUUUCUCGAUGAUAAAUAAUAAUCGAUCAUGUUCAAGUAAUGAUAGCAUACUUCAAUGAACCUCACACUUAUCUUCUAACCGUUGCUUCGAUCAUUCCGUUGCCAAAUGAUUUAAUUGAUAAAAGCCACCGACGUUUGAAGAAGAAAGGGAAAAUGAUAUACAAAAUGCAGCGCUACCUAUCACGAUCCAUGGCAACAAUCGCAUACACAAUUUAAAAUUGAUCGAAACCUGCCGAAACGUAAACAACAUGGCGAAUAAAAGAAAUACAACGUUACAUGUAAAAUAUCUCUCGUUUAAUAAAUUAAUAUUUUAACUAUGCGCCGUUAUAGCAUUUUUAUACGUUCUUAGGCAAUUAGCUUUCUCGAUGUUGAACAGUUUAAUCUCAAAAAAUGUCGACUGAAAAGGUUCUCUAUCAAUUAUAUCAACCCCAUGGUGCUGGUACCGUUUUCAUUUCCUGGCGUCCUGGUAAUAGCACUCAUUUAGCAACUACUGGUUAUGAUUCUUCAGUUGCUAUUUUUGAUAGACAAGGUGAUUUGCAAGAACGUAUCCAAAUUGCUGGUCUAUGCACUGGUUUUGGAUGGGAUUCUGAUGGAGAUCUAUUGGCUAUAAUAUCACAGAAUUCCUCUGCUAUCACAUUAUGGGAUGCAACAACUGGAAAAAAGACACAAAUAGAUGCCGGCGUAAGAGAUGGAUUAACAUGCAUGAUAUGGGCAAAAAGAACUUGUUUGUUAGCAGUAGGAACACAGAAAGGAAAUCUAGUGCUUUAUGAUCAUUUAAAUGCCAAACGAAUACCGAUUUUGGGAAAACAUAGAAAGAAGAUAACUUGUGGUGCUUGGUCUUAUGAAGGACUCCUUGCAUUAGCCAGUGAAGACAAGGUUUUAACUAUCAGUACAAGUGAUGGGGAUACAAAACGUGAAAUACCUCUUCAAGGUGAUGCAUCUGAUAUUCAAUUUAAUGAGAUGAAAAUGGAUCACAGAGUUGGGGGUGAAAAUACAGUAUCUCUUAUUAUUAGUAAAACUACUUUAUUUCUGUACAAUAUUUUGGAUCCAGAAAAUCCUAUUGAAUUAGCUUUUCAAAAACGUUAUGGUUCUAUUGUUACUUAUAAAUGAAUCAUAAAGAUUCCUUGACUGAUUUGGCUAUAAGUCAAAUAAUAGGAAAAAUUGCUACAUGUGGAGAUAAUACCAUAAAAAUACAUAAUCUGCAAAAUUUAGAAGAAACUGAAAAAUUAAUUACAGUGAGUGGUGAAACUGGAAUUAGUACAGUAGAAUGGUCAAUGGAUGGUACAAUGAUAGCAACUGUAACUCACAGUGGCAAUGUUUUAAUCUAUUUAAUACAAAUCCCUAAAUUAUCUAGCGUCUAUGGAAAUAGAAUUGCACUACUUACUAGUUUAACAGAAGUUACAGUCCAUCUCUAUACAUUAGACAAGGAGAAAUCAGAACCAAUAAUAAUUAACACUAUAAUAGAACCGUCGGUAUUAACAAUAGGUCCUAUGCAUGCAGCAGUAGGAUUAAACAACAGAGCAUUGUUCUGGGACAUAUCUGAAAGCCAUUAUAAUACUACAGUGCACUUCGAAAGAGAUUAUUUAGCAACAAUAGAUAGUAUAAGAUUAAAUGAAGCCUAUGCUUCUGUUUUAUUCGAUGGCAAAUUACAGUUGCAUUCGAUUAAAAUGGAUCAAACACUAAUAAAAGAAGGGAAAGACACGAAAAUGUUUCCAGGUUUAAAUGCUUCAGACUUUAAAAUAACGUGCCAUGCUCUUAGUAACGACUUUUUAAUCUAUGGCAGUGAUAUGGGCCACAUAAUUUAUUUUUGUUUAGAAGUCUUUAAUCAAUGUACUGAACAUGUACAUGAUAAUGGCAUAAAGGAAAUCUAUUUAGAUACAAAUGGAACACAAUUGUGUUUUAUAGAUAAUAAGUUUGACGCUUAUAUGUAUAAUCCUGUGCAAGAAACCGUUUUACAAAUUCCUGAUUGUCUAGAUUACAUCCAAGGUGUAAUUUGGGAUCAGAAUAUUAUGGAACGUACAAAAAUUAUAAAGAUAAAUACAACAAAACUGCCAUCUGAAACAUUACCACUGCUGAUAUAUUCUGGAGAAUUGACAUUAAGUUCAACAAGUAACAAAUUAAUGCAAAUUACAUUGUCUUCUCAUGAAGAUAUAGGAAAUAUUGUGGAAUAUACAAAAAUGAAAGAAAUAUUAGAAAAUCAGAUUCUUUGCAGAAGCAAUUCGAAUUUAUCGCUACUUGGAAGAUGCUGCAAUGGUUUGGGCAUUACAAAAUAUGGAAACUAUUGAUGAAUUGCCAUUGUUAUGUGGACAUGCUUGUAUUUUACUUGAACCAGUACAAGCUUUGUACCUAAGAAGGGAUUUAAUGCAAUGGGAACAAGCAUUGAAUUUAGCACAGAAAUUGAAAGCUGAUGAAAUUCCUUAUAUUGCUAGAGAAUAUGCUCAACAGUUAGAGUUUACAGGUAAUUAUCCAAAAGCAUUAACAAAUUACGAACGUGGAUUGGUAGAUUCAAAUAAUAUGUCUAAUACAACUGCGUAUAAUCCGCACCAUCGAAAUUUAUGCCUUGCUGGAAUUGCGAGAAUGUCUAUCAGAUGUGGAGAUAGUAGAAAAGGAGUAAGCAUAGCUAUGGAUAAUGAAAGUUCAAGACAGUUACGAAAAGAAUGUGCAGAAAUACUAGAAUCAAUGAAACAAUUUAAUGAAGCUGCAUUGUUAUAUGAAAAAGCUGAAUAUUUUGAUAAAGCAGCUUCCGCAUACAUAAAAUUAAAAAAUUGGCAAAAAGUUGGGCAACUUUUACCACAAAUUUCAUCUGCCAAAAUUAAUAUACAAUAUGCUAAAGCCAAAGAAGCUGAAGGCAAAUAUGAAGAAGCAGCAAAAGCAUAUGAGACUGCAAAAGAUUAUGAAAACAUAAUUAGAAUUAAUUUAGAAUAUUUAAAUAAUCCUGUAUUAAAUUUGCAUCUAGAAUGUACAUCUUGCUUGCUAAUUCUAGCUCGAAGUGUUGAAGUAGUACAACAAACUAAAAGUAUAGAAGGAGCUAAACUAGUCGCGAAAUACUUUCAAAAAAUGAAUGACUAUAACUCAGCAAUUAAGUUUUUGAUUUUGUCAAAUUGUCACGAAGAAGCGUUCCAGUUAGCUAAUCAACACGGAAAAAUGGAAUUGUAUGGAGAAAUACUAAUAAAUACGAUUGAUGAUAGCAAUGCACGAAGAGAAGAUUUCAAAAGUCUUGCAAUGCAUUUCGAAUCUCAGAAAAAUAAUUUUUUAGCUGGAAAAUAUUACUUUCAUGCUAAGGAAUAUCAAAAAGCAUUGCGGCAUUUAUUAAAAGCUGCUCAGUUAGUAACAGAUGAAAAUGAAGUCCUGUCAUUAGCUAUUGAUACAGUCGCUUCUUCAAAAGAUGACAAAUUAGCAAAUCAAUUAAUUGAUUUUUUAUUAGGUGGAGAUGGAUUACCUAAGGAAAUUAUAGAAGCGCUCAUGAUGUUUUAUUUGGCAUGUAUCAAGAACUGAAAAAGAAUAAGAUCAAUAUACCUUCAGAGAUGCAAAACAAUUUAAGACUUUUGCAUUCUUAUAUUCUUGUCAGACUUCAUGUAAAAAAAAAUGAUCAUUUACGUGGUGCUCGUAUGCUAAUAAGAGUAGCUAAUAACAUAUCAAAAUUUCCUUCACAUAUUGUUCCAAUUUUGACCUCAACUGUAAUAGAAUGUCAAAGAGCUGGAUUAAAGUAUGCUGCAUUUAAUUACGCUGCUAUGUUAAUGCGUCCGGAAUAUAGAAGCCAAAUUGAUGCUAAAUACAGUAAAAAGAUUGAAGCAAUUGUAAGAAAACCACCAAAAUCAAAAGAUAACGAAAUUGAAGACGAACCGUUAACUCCAUGUCCAUAUUGCAAGAAUAAACUUCCAGAAACAGAAAUUACUUGCAACAAAUGCAAAAAUACAAUACCUUUUUGUAUAGUUACAGUUAGUGAUCAUUGAAUCUGAAAAGACGUGUCCCAUGUGCUCAGAAAAAGUAGAUAUUAACAUGGUUUCAUCUGCUCUUGACAUCCGUCUCUAUCUCGAUUCUCAAGAAGGGAAACCGUCAAUGAAAACUUAAAAAGUUUUAGCUAUAAUUUAAUAGAAGUUAGAAAAGUUAUUAUUAUUUUUAUCAAAUGGUGCCGUCCAAUAUGAGUACAACAUAAUUAAGUACAAGUAGCUUAUAUAAAUUCAUAUAUUAUUUAUAAAAUUUGUGCACAAAUCAAAUAAUGAUCACACAUGAAAACAUCAAUAGUAUGUAGAUAUUGUCAAUAAACUAGUCUCCAACAAGUAUAAUUGAUUCAAUUUCCCUACUGUUAUUCUACUUUGCAAUCAUAAAGAGUUGCAGAACUGUUACGCAGUUUUAUUCGAUUUUAGAUCUGAGUAAUUUAUUAACACGCAUAUCUA